CAAUUGCUUGCGAACAACAUCGACGUUACUGUGUGUAUUAUCACCCCCUAUUUACGGCGUUGGAACUUGUGAGUAAGCUUUUCUCUCUGGUAUUGUUUGUGUGUGGCAUCUGGACACGAUUUCGAUAAGGCCGGUAUAUCCGGAUCGAGAGAGAACCUUAAGGGAUUGGAUAGGGGUUUGAGGCGUGGGUAUCACGUGGUUGGUUGUGUUUGUGAUUCCAUACCUACAUCUUCCUUGAUACAUUAGGGUGGUUUUUUGGUGCGAAUUGAGCUAAUGUUUUUGUAGUUUCUAUUGUUGGAAUAAAUAUUUCACUCGUUUCUUGACCGGAAGAGCAUUUUUAAUGUUAUUCUUACGAUAUUUCUCGCCUUCAUUUACUUAUAUUAACCCAUCAUCUCACCAUACGACAAUAUCAUUACCCCGUUAAAAUACAAUGUCAAAACCCACCAACCAUAGGCGACGCAAGUCCAGCGCCCAUCUCCAACACGGAGACAUGCCCUCCUUCCUAGAAAACUCACCCUUCUUCCUCCCCAUAUCCGCCGAAGCAGAUCUGCCCAAAGCAAUUCCCAGACCAACAAUCAAGCAACUACUCCGCUCCAAAUCCGCGCGAAAGAGCGCAAGGAAAAUCCUCUCUCUAACAGUAUUCCUGAUAGUAUCGUGGUAUUUCUGGCCCAGGAAGGGCGAUCCCAGCUAUGCAGCCCUAGGAACCUACGGGCUGUUGAAAGGUGGUGGCGCGCAGUGUCUUUAUGAUCCCAAAGCUGUGGCUGUAGUUCCGGAACCGACUUCGCGGACCGGGAGAGAGUAUGAGGGGUUGCAGUGGGAGAGGAUGGCUUAUGUUACGUAUGUGACGAAGGCGGAGGUUCUGUGUAAUGCGGUUAUGAUUUUUGAGUCCCUGAAGAGGGUGGGGAGUAGGGCGAAGAGGGUGAUGAUUAUUCCUGAUUCGGAGGAGUUUAUGACGGAGGGGUAUGGUAGUCGGAGUGCGCUGAAGGAUGAGGUUGUGAAGAGGUUGUUGAAGGUUGCGGUUGAGAAGUAUGGGGUGGUGUUAGUGAGGGUGAGGGUUGUUAGGAGGCGGAUUGCUUAUGGUAAGGAACGCUGAUAAUCUUCUAUGGAUUGUGUUUUAUGGAUUCUUCGUGUCUGGGAGAAAAGAUUUGGGAUUUUGAGAUCACUGUUUGAGAGGGUUUGGGAGAAUGAAGAAAUCGCGAUUUCUUGAUUCUUAAAACCCUCGACAAGCACUUGUCCUUAUUAUUCUGUCAAAUCACCACGAAUCGCAGAGCAAAACCCCAUCAAUCAAAACUGAAGUUACAACUAACAUAUUCUCUAGACGAUUGGCGAGAAUCUUAUACCAAACUUCUCGCUUUCAACCUCACACAAUACGAUCGUGCCAUCGUACUAGAUUCCGACGCAUCCGUAUUAAAAAGCAUGGACGAGCUAUUCCUCCUCCCUCCAGCACCAGCAGCAAUGCCUCGAGCAUACUGGCUAUCCAAACCAACUCUCGCCUCUCACAUCAUGCUCAUCGAACCCUCAGUCCCUACAUACAAGCGCAUGGAAAAGGCCAUCCAGAAAGCCGACAUCGAGACGUACGACAUGGAAAUCGUCAAUUCGAUCUUCUCAUCUUCGUGUGUGGUACUACCGCACCGAAAAUAUGCGUUAUUAACCGGCGAAUUCAGGAGGAAAGACGAUGAACAUGGCCAGUUUUUGGGGAAUGAGACAUGGGAUCCGCAGAGAGUCUUUGAGGAGGCGAGUUUGGUGCAUUUUAGUGAUCAUCCGAUGCUUAAACCUUGGCAGGGGAUCACGGUGGAGGAUGUUGCGAGGUAUAAACCUGAGUGUGCGUUGAGAGACCAAGGAGAGUGGGAAGGACAAGAGGAGUGGUGUGAGAAUAGGCGUGUGGUGAGUUCUUUUUGCAUGAGCUUCAUGCGAAGCUUUACACUAACUUGUGAGCGAUUCAGUGGGCCGACAUCUAUCGAGAUUUCAGGGACAGGAGAGAGGUAUGUUGAUUCCUAUGGAGAAGUAAACGAGGCUUACUGUUCUCACAGGCUGUUUGUUCAUUGGGAACCCCCGGGGGUUGAGCAUUGACGUCGUUGUUGGUCAGUUGGCCAGGUGGUUGAGUUGAUUCCCCCUGAAACGACGUGAGAAAUGAAGCAUUUCACGAUGUGGCGUAGCUGGUGUUGGAGUCGCUCUCCACUUGGUCAGCGUUAACAAGAAUGCCUUGAAGAGCCAGCGCUUGAAGAUAUACAAACUUUGGGAAAUGCGGCUCAGCGGUCCAACGUGGGCUGUGGGCUGUGAAGGUCGCUUCUCAUAGCCCACGUGGCGUCUGUUGCCAUGUUGUUGGGUUGGUUUGGGCUGGUAUGGGUUGGAUAAUGGGAGUGUCAGCCUAUCUACGCGAGGCUAACAAACACUUUUGAUGGAUAUCCAACUCUCGGUGUGGUUUUCUCUAUUGCUUAUUGGAUACCAGCGGUAGAAUCUUGGGUCAACGGUCAUGGUAACGGCCAGCGAGGCUGAUAACAUGUGGGAUUUAGAAUUUUGGUCGCGGCUGCUCUUGAAGUUGAAUUAGACCUGUAACACAGACCCGGUUGCAUAGAAGUAGACCCCAAAUUUUAGUUUCACGUGGAAAUUUCUUUGCUGUACUUGGGCUGAUAAUGGCG